CCAACGGCGCAGCCACUGCGCACGCGCUGUGGUCACAUGACCAGGGCGUUCGAUUUUUAAACGUCGCAUUUGCCCUUCAAAUGACAUUUCGGUCUAGUUGGUGGUCGUGUUAAAAUCACAGUUUAAAUCGUAACGAAAAUGGCUAAAAUUGGUAUCAACGGUUUUGGGCGCAUUGGCCGUCUGGUCCUUCGGGCGUCUCUGGAACGUGGGGCCAACGUGGUGGCCGUCAACGACCCCUUCAUCGGGCUUGACUACAUGGUCUAUCUGUUCAAGUAUGACUCGACACACGGCCGCUUCAAGGGCGAAGUCAAAGCUGAGGGUGGCUUCCUGGUCGUGAACGGUAACAAAAUCAGCGUUUUCUGCGAACGCGACCCCAAAUCCAUCCCUUGGGGCAAAGUGGGGGCUGAUUACGUGGUCGAGUCCACCGGUGUCUUCACCACCAUUGAAAAAGCCUCCGCUCACAUUGAAGGGGGCGCUAAGAAGGUCAUCAUUUCGGCGCCGUCGGCCGACGCCCCCAUGUACGUCUGCGGCGUGAAUUUGGACGCCUACGACCCUUCAGCCAAAGUCAUUUCUAACGCUUCCUGCACCACUAAUUGUCUCGCCCCUUUGGCUAAAGUCAUCCAUGACAAUUUCGAGAUUGUGGAGGGGUUGAUGACCACAGUUCACGCCACCACUGCCACGCAAAAAACCGUCGAUGGUCCGUCGGGGAAAUUGUGGCGUGAUGGUCGUGGGGCUGGGCAGAAUAUCAUCCCAGCUGCCACAGGGGCUGCCAAGGCCGUUGGCAAAGUUAUCCCGGCUUUGAACGGGAAGUUGACCGGGAUGGCGUUCAGGGUUCCCGUGCCGAACGUUUCCGUUGUGGAUUUGACGGUGCGUUUGGGCAAACCGGCGACGUAUGAUGAUAUCAAGGCGAAGAUCAAGGCUGCUGCUGAGGGGCCUUUGAAGGGGAUUUUGGGGUACACGGAGGAAGAGGUCGUUUCGUGCGAUUUUGUCGGGGAUACGCACUCGUCGAUUUUCGAUGCCAAGGCUGGAAUUCAACUCAGUCCGACUUUUGUCAAGUUGAUCUCUUGGUACGAUAACGAGUAUGGGUAUUCGAGCCGAGUUGUUGAUUUGAUCAAGUACAUCUCGAGCAAAGAUUCGGCUUAAGUGGGGUCGGAUCCAUUGAGAAGAAGACUAGUCUAGAUGUAAGACCCACGAUUAUUUAAAUGUACUGUGUAUUUUUAUGAUUAUUCAUUCAUUAUUGUAAUAAAUGGUCAAAAUUAAGGGCAAUUAGCGUUCUUUCAUCCUUUUUCUUUGUACCAUUGAGGAUAUUUUCCAUUAGUUUUUUAGUUUACACAACUAUAAGACAAUAAAACAGACUGUAAUUGUGAAAUAAACAUGGUAAUAAAAAUGA